AUGACUGAGCCGCGGCGGUCAACAAGGGCGCGCGCUCGCGAAGACGCUGCGCCGCCUGUGCCCGAGACAAGCAGCGAGAAGCCUGCGAAGGGCGCCAAGUCGACAUUGAAGCGCAAGCGAGCCAGCGUCGCCGUCAAGGACUCGUCGGUCCCGGGCACACCUGUGGGGGAAGCAGCACAGCAGGGACUGAAGCAGACGCUGCCGCUCAGGAUUGCAGAAGGCCAGCCGCUCCCGACGCUCCCCGACCCGCAGCCCCUCGAUCUAUCAGCUGCGGAAUGGCAGAACAUCCAGCAGAGCGGCGUCCUCAGCGCCUCGCUGCAGCGGUCGCGUGCCGUCUGGGUGUCUGGCGUCAACUUCCGGACCUUCCACAAGAAGCACGCGAUGCCAAAGAAGGUGUCGGAGCGGACAGAGGCAGACAAGGCCGGAAAGGCGCGGCAGAAGGAGAUUGAGAAGAACUUCCCCCAGGUGGGCACCCUGGAUGCGCAGCUGGUCAUCGAGCCGCACACCUUUCCCAUCAAGCUGUACGCACCGAAGGAAGGCAGCAGACCUGCUCAGAAGAAGAUGCCGCCUCUGCCACAACAGUACGGCGCCUGGCCGAACCACAGCCAGCACAGCCAACAGCCUCCACAGUAUCAGCAGUACAGCCAGGCGCCAUACCCGCCGAAGCAGCAGCAGCCCCAGCCACGACCGCCACGACCGCCGCCCCCGAAGCCCGUGCAACAGGCCCCGCCACAAACGGCGCCGGGGCCUGCCUCCACACCUGCCCCCGACCCAGUCAUCCACAUGCUCGCGGCAAGGGCAGGUACGGAUCCAGAGUUGAAGUCGGUGAUGAAGAUAGUAGCCGCUGGACAAGCGAGCAAGGCGCAGCUGGAGUUCUUCCAGACGCAUAUCAACGAGUUGACAGAGAUAUUGGAGAAGAACAAGAAGGCAAAGGCGCCGAUGCCGCUGCCUCAUACUCCUGGCCCACCGAAGCAACAAGCGCCAACACCGACCCCAGCACCUCCACGACCUGCGCCGCCCACUCCACAGCAGCAGCAGGGGCCGCCGCCUACCACCACACCGAAGCCCUUCAGUCCAGCGCCGCCUCAAGCGCAUCAGCAACGACCGCCCCUGCCCCAAUCAAGACCACCACCCCCAAACGCACAUCCUGCGAAGAACUACAGCCAGCCACCAUACUACCAACGUUCCUCGCCACACUACGCCCCCUCGCAACCACCACGCGUCACAUACCGACCCCUUACAUUUGAGUUUGUUGAAGGGAACGGCGACCGCUUCUACUUCCCCUCGUACAGUUUCAUGGAAUGGCUACCGAACGGCUCAGGCGCGAAAUUUAGUUUCCUCGUAACCAAGCUCAAACCGAAGCCAGAGGGCGCAGUCAAGACUCCGUCGACACCGGUGCCACCACAAACACCGCAAACACCGCAAACACCAACUGCUCCCGGCGCACCAAAUGUACUCAACGCAAAUGGGCUAAGUAACCCUCCGUUUCCGCCAGCGCCUGGCGGUCCGACCGCCACACCCAUGUCCAUGCCCACACCGUCCUACGUCGCUCCUCCACGCAUCGAGGACUUUGACGAGCGAAACGACAUGAAAGACGUCGACUUCUACCAGCCAGUCACAGUCCUCGUUCUGACUGAUGAGCACGAGGUCAAGAGCGCCCUGCCACGCGCUAUACGUCCGCCAAGCGUUGUCGAGAAAUACAUGGAAGAGGUAUUUGAUACAUGCAAACGUGCUGAAGAAACAUACCUGGCGUUCAGGCUGCCCAAGGAUGGGAAUAUGGAAGUCGAUGCGGGGACAAAGAGUGGUGAUGUGACGCCAAGCGUGGGCACACCCAUAGCAGAUGUCACGAUGGGCGGCAUGGGGCCAGCUGUUGCGGAGAAGAGGAAGAGUAUUGCUGGAAGGCCGAGGAAGAGCAUGGCCGCUUGA